CUGAGGGGCGGACGGCGACGGCGGCGGCGGCGGCGGCGGUGGCGGGCGCGGGCGGCGAGGGCAGCGGGGCUGGAACUGGAACAGCCGCCGCGCGGACCCGACCAGCCUCGCCGGCUCCUGCCCGCAGGCCGCGAGCGCGACGACCGGGUCGAUCAGGCGGCGGCGUGGGCGCCAGACUGGGCGAGGGCGAGAUAGACUUACAUGUGUGGGAAAACAGACCAGAAACACUUCUGAAUUAAGAGCUUGAAUUCUGAAGUGAGGAGAGCACUGAGACCUGAAGAUGAGUGAACUUGACCAGCUGCGGCAGGAGGCCGAGCAACUGAAGAACCAGAUCAGAGAUGCUCGUAAAGCUUGUGCUGAUGCGACUCUUUCUCAGAUCACAAACAACAUUGAUCCGGUGGGAAGAAUCCAAAUGCGAACCAGAAGAACGCUGAGGGGUCAUCUGGCUAAGAUUUAUGCCAUGCACUGGGGCACAGACUCAAGGCUCCUUGUCAGCGCCUCUCAGGAUGGAAAACUCAUCAUCUGGGACAGCUACACCACAAACAAGGUCCAUGCCAUCCCUCUGCGCUCUUCCUGGGUUAUGACCUGUGCAUACGCUCCUUCUGGGAAUUACGUGGCUUGUGGGGGCCUGGAUAACAUCUGCUCCAUUUACAAUCUGAAAACCCGUGAAGGGAAUGUGCGUGUGAGUCGUGAGCUGGCGGGACACACAGGUUACCUGUCCUGUUGCCGGUUCCUGGAUGACAAUCAGAUAGUCACCAGCUCUGGAGACACCACAUGUGCCCUGUGGGACAUUGAGACUGGCCAGCAGACGACGACAUUUACUGGACACACUGGAGAUGUCAUGAGUCUGUCUCUCGCUCCUGACACCAGACUGUUUGUCUCUGGUGCUUGUGAUGCUUCAGCCAAGCUCUGGGAUGUCCGAGAAGGGAUGUGCCGGCAGACCUUUACAGGACAUGAGUCUGACAUCAAUGCCAUAUGUUUCUUUCCCAAUGGCAAUGCCUUUGCCACUGGCUCAGACGAUGCUACGUGCAGGCUGUUUGACCUCCGUGCAGACCAGGAGCUCAUGACCUACUCCCAUGACAACAUUAUCUGCGGAAUCACAUCUGUUUCCUUCUCCAAGAGUGGCCGCCUCCUCCUGGCUGGGUACGAUGACUUCAACUGCAACGUCUGGGAUGCACUCAAAGCUGACAGAGCAGGUGUUUUAGCUGGACAUGACAACCGUGUCAGCUGCUUGGGGGUGACUGAUGAUGGCAUGGCUGUGGCAACAGGGUCCUGGGACAGCUUCCUCAAGAUCUGGAACUAAGGCCAGUAGCAGCAGGUGGAUGCCAUGGUGACUGGAAGACCAUUCCAACCUUGGAGCGUUACAGCGAUAGCAUACCCUAUCCAACCAUACUAACGUGGACACCCACACCUCCCCUCAGAACUUCAAAAGGGCAAGAUCUUUUUUCCUUCACUUAUUGCUGAAACCAAGAGCACAACUCCCAUUAAGAGAAGGAUCUCUGUGCUGUAAACUAAAACAAAUUGUGCAUUCCUUCCGGGGCCAUUGUCUUUGUUUUCUUCUUUUGUCUUGGGUAAAUUUUAAAAGGAAAUACUACAAUAAAAAUGUUAACCAGAAGGUAA